GGGCUUCCGCGAGGCGGAAGUUGUCGUGGCACGUGGUCGGCGUGUUGAUGGCGUCAUUUCCAUGGUCACAGCACCUUCUUCAUGGCUGUCAUGAUGAUAAAGCGAUAAUUGAAAUACUUUGAAAACAUGAUGUACUUUUUUUUCGUAGUACUCGUAAUAUCGUAUAAACGUAAAGAGCACGUAACAUUUAUAACCAACAGUGAAAGCGUCCGCAGAUAGGCGUCAGUUUCCUUGCAUGAGGUUCCCAAAAUUGCCGCAUUGAGAUGAUGCUAUUGGCGUCAUCCAGCAAGCCUUCUCAGAAGCGUUGCAGGACUGCUUUACAGGGCCCCUCACCAGGUCUGACCAUUUUGAGCUGACAAGCGCAGAGGAUACAUUGCCCGAUGAUUAUCGUGUCUACAAAGUAUUACUCCGCUCCACGGAAAGAUCUGAAAUUUCAAACCGAAAGCCGUUUGUCCUUCCCCUCGCGGCCACCGUCCUCCAAGCUGGAGGGUGACUACACGUGCUAGUGCGCCUACCUACACGUGUUCGGGCUGCGACGUCGCUCUUAGUGGCACGUGACCUCGACAAUUAUUCGAGUCAACAUCUCUUAUUUCUGUAAUCUGUUGCUUGAACAGACGAAUUAAAGUAUAGGGAAAGAAUAAAACACACAAUGCGAAUGUCUGCGUGUUUUUGGUUUACUUCGCACCACACCAAGAGAGCUGUGCUUCCGUUUUGUCUGCUUGUUCCCACGUCGUGUAGUCGCGCGCGCAGACACCGAAACUAUGUCUUUUUCUACCGUGCUCCAGCGCGCGAUCACGCUCUGCGAUCCGCUUGCGUCUGCCUCAGUAUUCGCCUAGCACUGACUUAUGCCACUAGUGAGGAGUCCUCGUGCACAGCGCGCAAAAUUGUGCGCUGCACGAAACGAGACAACCCGAACAGCUCGCACGCGACGCCGUCAGCGGAAGCGCGCCGCCCGCAAAAAAGCGAGGAGAAAAAAAACAUGAAGGCGGUGCCCGUGACGUAUGCGACACGCGUUUCUCGAGCUCCGGUGUGGGAGAACGCAGGGAAGGAAUUUCGCUUGCGGAGGCUAGACGGGGCAAGUGGAGAGAGCGUCUCGCUUGGCAGUGGAGCUCGCCUCCCGAAGUCAUGGGCUCGCGGCACUAUUUCUAUCUCUUUUUUUUUUUUUUGCGGCAGAACACUCCCUAGAGGCCACGUAACAAGUUUCAGCGUAUUUGCUAGUUUGUUAUGCGGCCUGGUGAGGCGCCCUUUCAGAGAUUAUGUGUGGUCCUCCGCAGCACCUACUACCACAGGUUGGCGGUGACGACCAGCGAGAGGCCCCCUUCCUACGUGUCCGCCUGCCUCUUCUGGCUUCGUGAGGCGUUGCGCGCCGCGUUCCGGCGGGCCGCCAUCCCUCCGAGCACGGCGCCGCUGGGAGAGGAGUUGGAGUUGGAGCGCACGAUGCGUGCCGAACAGGUAUGCAGUGCUUCGUUCGAGCUCAGGUACCGUCCAGCUGAAAUCGGCGCUACGAAGCGGUUUACGGCACAAGCGAGCGCUUCAGCGACGUUUCGUGAACGCUACAGCGAUGAUUGAGGCAAGAGUGCGCGGCCGCUGCUCCUAUCGCAGCGCUCUCACCAGAGCGGGGUGCUUUAAAGAGUUCUCCGCUUCUUCCUGCCUCUUAUUUUCCUAUGCGUCAUCUAAUAACAACCAUGCUUCCCUGCUAAUAUUCUUGU